UUUCUUUUAAGGAUUAUUUUAGAAGAACGGUGGGGUAGUUCACAAAAUUGAACACCAAAAAGAAAGGUCAGAUAACUAGUUCACACAAAGGACAACAAGGUGUCUUAGCUCUGACUAACUUCUGUACCUGUUCAUCUCUACCCAGAAUCUAAUUCCGUGGAGAAACUAGCACAGAACAGGUCACUGCCCUGUGGUCAGGGAGCAAGACCCUGUGAUUAGUGCUCUCCCCUCCCCCCAAGAACCCACUGUGUUAAGGAGAGGCGGUUCCCCAAUGGGGGGGGUGCUGGGCAGACCCAGGCAGGACCUAGCCAUUACAGUGCCUUUCCUGACUCCCCUUUACCUGCAAGUCUACACUCCUCUGUAGGUGAUCCAGUAGCUUUGCACCCCACCCUAUAUUACAGUUGCAACUCCUCACCAGCUGUUACUGCAAGGUGGACCAGCAGGUGCCACACGGAGGCACUCAGUGAUUGCUGGCUUCAAUCGCCUUCGGCAGGAACAGCGGGGCCUAGCAUCCAAGGCAGCCGAGCUGGAAAUGGAGUUGAAUGAGCACAGCCUAGUGAUUGAUACACUGAAGGAGGUAGAUGAGACCCGCAAGUGCUUCCGCAUGGUUGGAGGGGUGCUGGUGGAGCGCACUGUCAAAGAGGUGCUGCCUGCCUUGGAGAACAACAAGGAGCAGAUUCAGAAGAUCAUUGAGACACUGACACAGCAGCUUCAGGCAAAGGGAAAAGAACUAAAUGAAUUCCGGGAAAAGCACAAUAUUCGGCUCAUGGGCGAGGACGAGAAGCCAGCCAAGGAAAACUCAGAAGGAGCUGGGGCGAAGGCCAGCUCAGCCGGAGUGUUGGUCUCCUAGGGACCAAGGCUUUUGCAUUUUUUCCUACCUGACUCCCACUCUAAUUUCUCGUUAUUGUUGUUACUUUCUCUGCUAUUAUAAUAUUUUUUGUUAAUUAAAUGUUUUAGUCAGAAUG